UUAUGUACAUAUUGCCGGGGGAGUUCAACGGAACAGCAGACUGGUAAACAGAUAUGGAAGAUGAUCAUCACAACUGAGUAACGGGAUAAUGAUUCGGCUUAAAAUGUGGAUUACUACAUAAAAAUUCAAAUUAAUGGAUAAAUAAUCAGUGAUUUUCUUUAUGUUUUAAUAUUAUUAUUGUGUACUUUUUGUUCUAAUGUAAGGUGUAUAUACAGAAAUCUUUUGUUUUUGUCGGAAAAAAUAUAAUGGCCGCCAAACUGACAGUAAAUCAAGGGUUGUGUUGGUGUGUACUGACGUUUUUUAUCGCGUGUGCUAAUUGUUUGAACAGUUUACCGUGUAUUGAGGUGAAAAGAGCCUACACAGAAAAAGGAGGAAAUGAAAAUGAAGUUCCCAUUCAGGCGAUUUCAGGAGACCAUUUAGAGGUGUGUCCACGUGGAGAUGGGUACACAUGUUGUACAAGAGACAUGGAAAUUAAAUUACGUGAAUUAAGUGCCAAGGAAUAUGAUAGUUUAGUAGACCAGUCAUUUAGAUAUGUACAGAGUACUUUUGUAUCAAGAACAAGAAAAUUUGAUGAAUUUUUUACAGAAUUAUUACACAAUGCCAAGAAAGACUUACAUGAAAUGUUUGUUAAGACAUAUGGGUUACUUUAUAGAGAAAAUGCAGAAAUAUUUACACAAUUAUUUGAAGAUUUACUGAAGUAUUAUAAAGGAACAGACAAAAGCCUUACUUCAACAUUAGACAAAUUUUUCGAAAACUUAUUGCGGCGAAUGUUCCAGUUAUUAAAUGUUCAACAUAAAUUUGAUGAUGUUUAUCUUAAGUGUGUGACUAGCAAAAUGGACCAGUUGAAACCUUUUGGAGCUGUUCCUCAAAAAUUAUCCAGCCAAGUGAGGCGAUCUUUUAUUGCUGCAAGAACAUUUGUGCAAGGUUUGGCCAUUGGUAGAGAUGUCAUUCUAGAAGUUGCAAAGCUUCGACCAACACCAGCCUGUACCAAAGCAUUAAUGAGGAUGUCCUACUGUCCACAGUGCCGAGGCCUUACACAAACCAAACCAUGCAACAAUUAUUGUCUGAAUACCAUGAAGGGAUGUUUAGCUUACCAUGCAGAACUUAAUAUUCUUUGGAAUGAUUACAUUGAGGCCAUGAAACAAUUAGCAAUACGAUUGGAAGGACCUUUCAACAUUGAAUCUGUUGUUGAUCCCAUUGAUGUGAAAAUAUCUGAUGCCAUCAUGAUCCUUCAAGAAAACAGUAUCACAGUUCGAGAUCAGAUAUUUGAAGGGUGUGGAAAACCUAGGACACAGGCUGUUGGUCAAGGGGUUAGAGGCAAGAGAUCUGCUGACAAUUCCACUGUAGGCACUCCUACACCUGUUCGUCAGGCUGAUGAUCCACAAGAGAAUCCCUUUGGGGGUAAACUCAAUUUUGGAGCAGGUGAAGUUGUACCAGAAACUGGGGAUGCUGCUGAUAAGAAAAACCCAUACGACCAACAUUUCGUUGGAAAGUACAAGCCACCAGGAGGCAAAAAUGUCAAACCAACAACAGCUGCAGGAACCAGUUUAGACCGGUUAGUGAGAGAUAUAAAGGACAAGGUCAAGGCUGCCAAAGAUUUUUGGAUACAGCUACCAUAUUCCGUUUGUAAUGAUGACAAGAUUGCAGCGCAGCCUGAUAAUGAUGAUGAAUGUUGGAAUGGACAAGAUCGUGCUAGGUAUGAGGCUGAGGUCCAGAAAGAUGGUGUAAUUAACCAAAUCAACAAUCCAGAAGUGUCAGUGGAUGUGAAUGAGGCCAAUUACAUCAUAGAACAACAAAAAAUACAGCUGAAGAUUAUCACAGAUAAGUUACAAACAGCAUACAAAGGUGGAGAUGUCACAUACAUAUACACAGAAACAGUGACUGAUCACAGUGGUGAAUCCAGUGGGGAUGAUGAUUUAGAAACAGGAAGUGGAAGUUUUCAUGAAACAGGAAGUGGCCUAAUUGAAGGAAGUGGGUCUGGUGACGGAGCAGACAGGAGAGACGAUGAAGAUUAUCACAAAAAUAUGCAUCACUGGAAUAAAAACAAACAUGGACAUGGCAAUAAACCUCCAAAGUCUGAUCCAACAGGAAAUAAAGAGAAACCCUUUGAUUUUGGCCCAGAAUAUCAUAAUAUAAAAACAACGCAAAGACCUGUUUCAGGUAAUAACCAGCCUCGUGGAGGGAAUCAAAAUUCAGCAAACAAUCUGUCAUCUAUAUCCAUAUCAUGUUUAAGCACUCUUUUCACAAUGUUAUGGGCAGUUUUAUGAGUUGUGGAUACUUUUAUAUAGCAAACAGGCACAGCCAAAUUUUCAGAAACUGGACUGUACUUAAAAUUUCUGUGUCCUGUUUUUUAUGUUGCAUUGUACAAAUAUCAUAAAAAAAUCAUCUGAAAAAUGUCAUUGUCAGGGUGAUAGAUGUAUGUGUUCAUACUCUGUGAUGCAGUCAAGAGAAUAUGUGAUAUAAAAGUGCACUUGAAGGAACAUCCACAAGGAUUCUAGAGAACAGAAUUACUUGUAAGGAUCUGCUAAUUCCUUUAAAUAAAUAGGAAAACACUUCUUGUUAGAGUGCCAAAAAGGAUAAUUAAUUGGUCAUAAACAUGAACCUCAGUUAAACCAAUAAAUAUUGCCCAGAUAGUCACAUGUCCGACAAAAAGAGACUCGUGUGAUUGAUUGGUCAACAGAGUCACAGAAGAUGUGUGGUCAUAGAAAAGAAGCUUGUUUUAUCAUUACAAUAUUGUAACCCCCCCCCAAAAAAUGUACUGCUGCAUUAGAAAAUUUCUCGAUCAUAUCAUUAAGCAGUUCUUCAACGAAGAAUAAUAAAGAUAAUCUGUAAUUUGUACAAUUGCAGUUAAAUGUUGCUAAUAACAUUAUUUGUCUAUUGAAAUUCUAUUUGGGUCAUUCAUAUUUGCAUCUGUCAAAAGGAAAUAUUUAAAUAGGAUGAAUCAUAAGGUCAUUUUUUGCUUCACAAUAUCAUUAAAGAUUUCCUGUAUGUUAUAAUGGGGUAUCAAAACUUGACAUAAAUGGCAGAGAUAACAGGAUUAUUACUAAACAAGGAAACAAAUUUUAGAACAUGAAAUAUUUUAUGCUAAAUGAUAUUUCUAAAGACUACAUAUAUGCAUAAUUGAAAAAAGGCCUUUUUACUGUUCCUGUUUUAAUGACAUUUUUAAAUUUAGAAAAUUCUUACAUUUAAAAAAUCUAGAUGAAAAUAUCAUUGAGUAAGAUUGCUAAAUAUUCCUAUUGACAUUCUUUUCCUGUUAUUUGUUUACAGGCUUAAAAAAAGUAAUGCAAUAUAUUUAUAUUACAAUAAACUUCCAGGAAUAUUUGGUAGGAAUUUCUCAAUAACCGUUACAGUUUAUUUUACUUCAUCAUUUUAUGAUAAAUAAAGUAAAAGAAAAAAAAACCAAUAGGAUAUUUUAUUUCUAAAAAGAUCUAUCAGUGUGAGAGUAAACAAAAAUAAUUUGAUAACAAUGAUUGUCUUAACUAUUUGCCUUUAUUUCUAACAUUGAUAAAACUGCGAAAUACAUCAAAAUAUUAAAUUGUAAGAUAAGAUGUGAUAUAUACUUACAAAAGUGCUAUGUUCCAACAAGGAAAUCGAUUGUGUAAAUAGCUUUAAAACAAUGAUGUAUUUUAAAAAGCAGCAGUGUUGAUUUCUAUUACAUGUACAUGAAUUGAUGAUAUGUGUUUGCAUUGAUUUGUAACCCAACUAUUUGUACUCUGUAUAAGCUCUAUAAGAUCAUUGCUUUCUUGUGUAAUCAAAAGUGAUUGUCAAAAUAAUAAUUGCCAGUUAGCAGACAUUUCUUCUGUGUUGUGCUGUAAAUAUGAUAUUUUUGCUUUUUUUUAUAACAAAAGACAUAUCACCAAAAAAAUGUUGUGGCUUGUGUUCUCAGACUUACAUCAAAAAUUGAUCAUGAGUUUUUAAUUUAAUAACGAAUUUCAGAUAUGAUCAUGUUUAAGUUCUCAUUACGCUGCAUGUACCAACCAAAAGUGAAAAUACCUCAAUGUGUCAAAAUCGAGCUAAAAGUUUUAACUGCUUUUUUAACGCUAGUAAAGAGAUUUUAGACUGAUAUACUCAUUUGAUCUGAACCAAUUCUGCAAGUCUGAACUGGAGAAAUGUACAUUACAUUUUGGCUGUGGUAAAAUCAUUAUUGUGCAGGAAUUUUCAUGUCAUUAUUUUCACUGUCCAUUUCAUGCAUCAUUGAGAAGAGCAAACUUGCGGUUAAGCUGUCAAUGGGAAAGUUCUCCAAUUAGGCACAACUAAAAACAUAUCAAGGUUCACUGUAGCAUGAUAAAUCUAAAACAAUCAUAACAGUAUAUCCUCAAUGUAUUUCUCGCCAAAAAUGCAUAUAACAACACAUUCUGUAUAAAUUUUGACAACACUUUUCAUAGAUGUGCUUCAUUUACAUGAAAGAAUAAAGAAAAUAGAACCAGAGCUUUAAAGGGAUCAACCUUUUUUUCCUUUAACCCAAAAGUUUGCUUUUGAGCAGUGAAAAAAAUGUCUGAAAAAUAACCAGCAGUCUUAGAAGUCAACAUUUUUUCUUCUGUCAUUUCACUUGGUGUUCAUACCAAGAUUGAAGUCUAAAAUCAAUUUACUAGCAGAAAAUUUAAAUGCUCUUUAGGAUAUAAGUUUUCUCAGGGGAAUAUUCAUCAUUUUUUUGCACAUUUUAAGAUUAUUAUUUUUAGCACACUUUAUCUUAUCUUGUAUUCUGCAAUGCUUUUACCAAUAUGAUAAAUUUAAAUUGCAAUAAACAAAUUUUUAUAAACCCAUUUCAUUUUAGAUGAUUUGUAUUUUAUUCAUAGCAUUAUUUCACAAGGAACUAUUUUUAUAAGCAAUUUUACUCUUGUCUUCAAAGCUUUGUUUUAAGAAUGAAAAUCUACCAGAGAAACUGCCUAUUUUUUAGUCUCAGGUAUUAAUAUAUUAAUAGGUACAUGUAUUAUACCAGCAUUUUUAAGAAAUUUCUACUGAAAUUACUAUAAAAAUUUGGUCUUUGUAUAAUUUAUAUAUUUUUAUCUUUAAUGUUUGUGCAGUAUUUAAUUACUAAACUGAAAAUAAAAUGGGGGAGAAAGAACAAACAGUAAAUAAAUUAUGUGCCAAAGUAUACAAUUACUGUUAGUCUUUUAAUCACUACAAGUACAGAACAGUUCAAUAUCUUGAUAAAGAUUUCUAUAAUAUUUGAAAAAUUUAAGAAACUUUCAGUUUAUAUUAUAAAUCUUGAAGCAUUUAGUUUUAGUAUAAGUUGAGUUUAAGAAACCAUAAUUUAAUUGUCUAUCUGAUUCAGGUCAUGUGCAUAAGAACAAAAUGGACGUUCCUGCUUCAGGGCUUGGUUGGGAUCUUUAUUUAUUUUUAAGCAUAAGUACUAUGAGGACAGUAUUUUUCCUUGUGGUUGAUACACACUUACUUACAAAUUUUUUGUUUACUUCUUAUGUGUUAGUUAUGAACCAAAGGUUAGUGUAUUUAUUUAUUUUUUGCUGUAAUAAAUCUCUGGUUGAAAACUUGUGUAAAUAGCUUUAUAUGUGUAUGUUGUUAUCGUCUUUUGUAUUACACUUUAUUCGGGUGUAAGAACAUACAAAUUUAUUCUUUUUAAAUGUAUUUUGCUAAACUUUAACAAGCUUUCUGAAAUUUUUACGAUGAUGAAUACCUUAAUAGUGCAAUGAAAUUGCACAUUUUAAUGUAUGCAGUAGUUAAAUUGCUUUAGUGAAAAGCUACCAAAAUUAAAUUGGUAGCUGUCGGACAGUUGCCGUUGUGGCCUGACAAAGAUUUUUAGCUGUUCUACUUACAAUCAUUCAUGUUUUGUUUAUUUUAUUAAAAUGAUUUUUAAAAAAUUGUUAAUUCUGUACCAGUUUAGAAUUAAGUUCAGCGGUUUUAUCUAAAGUUUUGUUAUUAAUCAAUAUUGUUUGAAGUAGAUGUUUGUUAAUGUCUAGUCGAUUGAAAUAACCUCAGUUCAUCACUAAAAUGAUAUGCAGUUUUUGUAUCAUCUUCUCUGAUUGUAAUCUCUAUAUAUAUUGCAUUAUGUAAUGAUAUACAUUUGGGAAAAAAAAGUUUUUAAAUACAGCAGUAUUGAUUUAAAAUACAUUCAGUCUGAAAUAUUUCUUCUUGGAUAAAUUACACAAUUUACACAUGAAUUUCAGCUGUAUCGUUACUGAUACAUUUUAGUCAAAGUUGUUUUUAAAAAGGUUGUUAUGUAAGAUAGAACACUUUGAAAAAUGAAACAUGUCUGGGAUGUUUUUGUCUUUGGGUUGCUGCUUCACUGAAGUUUACCCCAUAUCUCUUUUUAUUCAUAAGAAGAAAAAAAUCCUAAUUUUUUUUCACUGUUCAGCAUUAGACAUUUACUUUAAAAUUGCAUAUCGUUUUAUCAUCAUUUUUGAAAUAUGUUUUCCUUUGUAAAAUUGGUUUGGUUGUAUUGUGCAGGUUGCUAAGUGUACAAACUAGCCGUAAUUUUCUGGGUUCAUUUCUUUCAGUUGUAAGAAAUCCAUUUUACACUUAUUGAUGUUUUGCUUAGCUGGCUAACUUAUUGGGAGUUAUUAUACAUGCAAAAAAGUAUUUUUGUAACUUCAUCAUAACCCCACCUUUGUAGAUAUAAACUUUUGUUUUGUUGAAAAUAUGAUGAAAAGCGACAUAGAAACUAAAAAUUUAUUAGAUACAAUUUUGAAAGUAUUGAGCCAUUUGACAUUAACAAUUGGAUAUUCUAUGCCUACUUUCCUUUUCGAUGUACACAAAAUAUUCUCUUGAAUAGUCCAGUCGAUAACCUGGAUUGAACCUAAUAGUGACAUUUGUUUAAAAAUAAAACACCAUUAUACAUUUUAGUAGGACUACAUAAAUCCUGCUAUUAUCUUUCUUUGGGCUACCAUGAAAGAAAAUUAGUUUUCAAGUCCUCUGUACAUUGUAUAUUCACUAAGUCUCAACCAUGUGAAGAAAUUUCAGUGAUAAAAAAUUGUGCCACAAACUUGAGAUACAGUAUAUUCCAUAAGGUUUAAAAUGGAAGUUUGCAAUGAAUUGAUUUUUAACUUAAAAAGGCUGAAGUAAGAAGGAUAAAAAAAAAUGUAAUGCUAUAACAAAAUGUAAUCAGCUUUUCAUCAUAUUUUUGUUCAUGCAUCAUCAAUAAAUAUGAUUUUAUAUGUAUUUGCAUGAUUGUUGAAAUAUAACAGUAAUUUGUUGACAUAUUUAUGUGAAAGUUAUAGACAUUUAAAGAUAGUAAGUUCAAAGGGAUGUGAUUUUUUUUUUAUUUCAUAAAAUCAAACUUCAUUGAAAUACAGAUUGAUCUGGUAGGUGAACAAGGAUUGAAUUGUUAAUUUCAAGGUGAAGGUCUUCAAAUUCACUCAUUCACUUCUAAUCUUUUAAAAGAAAAGGUGAACAGGAUUUCCAAUAAACAGUUCUAUUGGUAUAUUACUCUUGUGAAAUGGUCAAUAGGAACCAUUUCAUUAAAAUUUGAAAAACUGAAAAAUUAAGUAUGUUCUCACUGCUAUAUCCUAAUUGAGCAGUUUCCUGGCUUUCAAAAAUGAAGAACAGAUUUCAGUUAGAGUUUUAUUGUCUGUAGAUAAUGACUUUGAAUAAAGUUCUUAAAAUCCUGUUUUACAUUCAAUGAUAAUUUUGUUGAAAUAAAAAAUUUUGCUUUAGGAGCACUUAAAAUUCAAAGAUUUUUUUCUUCUAUAGAAUGCACUGAAAAAUAAUUAAAUACUAAGACUGCCUUGAUAUUCAAUCGUUGUGGACUUUUCCAGAGCCUGCACACAUUGUUGUUAUACGUGUAGGAACAUGUACUCCUCAACUCAGUGUAACGAGGACUUUAUUUUACUGAAAUAAAACUAUAAACAAUA